AUGGCAGACAAGAACCCCAUCCACGACACCGCUGAGCAGGCUGGUGCCGCGAAGCAGAGCUCGGAUCCGCAGAACCCCAGCGUCAUCUCCUCCGGCGGUGCUGUCGGCAAGCAGUUCAACCCCGACGGCUCGAUCGGCCAGAUUGGCGAGGCGAUUGGCGGCCCCUUCAGCAAGGAUGGCGCGAUCGGGAGCCAGUUCGACGCGAGCAAGGGCGGCAUUGCAGGCACCGUGGAGAAGCUUGUUGAUGGACCGAGCAACCCGUCCAAGAACCCCAAGCAGUAG